GAGGGGAGUAGUGGAAGAGGCGGAGGAGGUGGGAAGCCAGGAGGAAAACAUUAGCCCCUUGUUUUUCCUCCUCAUAGUUUGGGAAACUUUUCAGUUCUCAGCCCCGGACGCACGCGGCGCACCCUCCGGAGCCAGGACGCACGACUGGCGUGAUGGACAGAUAACAGAAAGAAGGAGGAGGAGGAGGAGGAGGAGAAGAAGAAGAAGAAGAUGUCUUUCUUUGGCCUGGACUGUGUCCGGAAGAAAGAGGAAGAGCUGGAGAGGAAUCUCCGUGCCAACGACAGAGAGUACAACCUGUCCUUUAAAUAUGCAACGAACGCCAUCAAGACCUCCAAGUACAACCUCUUCACCUUCCUGCCCCUCAACCUCUUUGAGCAAUUCCAGAGGAUCGCGAACGCCUACUUCCUGUUUCUGCUGGUGCUGCAGGUGAUUCCUCAGAUCUCCUCUCUGUCCUGGUUCACCACCGUCGUGCCCCUGGUCCUCGUGCUGUCGGUGACCGCAGCCAAGGAUGCCACCGAUGAUAUCAAUCGUCACCGGAGCGACAAUCAGGUCAACAAUCGAAAGGCUCAAGUCCUCAUUGGUCGGAAAUUGCGCAGUGAGAAGUGGAUGGACGUCCAGGCGGGCGACAUCAUCAAGCUGGAAAACAACCAGUUUGUCACCGCCGACCUCCUGUUGCUCUCCAGCAGCGAACCGCUCAACCUGGUUUACAUCGAGACGGCAGAGCUGGACGGAGAAACUAACCUGAAGGUGCGGCAGGCGCUGCCAGUGACUGGAGACCUUGGAGACGAUAUUGAAAAGCUGGCAGACUUCGAUGGCGAGGUGCGCUGCGAGCCCCCCAACAACCGGCUGGAUCGCUUCGCGGGAACGCUGACGUGCGACGGCCAGAAGUACUCGCUGGACAACGAGAAGAUCCUGCUGCGCGGCUGCACCCUGAGGAACACCGGCUGGUGCUUCGGCCUGGUGCUGUUCGGAGGUCCAGAGACGAAGCUGAUGCAGAACUGUGGGAAGAGCACGUUCAAGAGGACCAGCAUAGACCGCCUGAUGAACGUCCUCGUCCUCUGUAUCUUCGGCUUCCUGGCCUUCAUGUGCAGCGUGCUGGCGAUAGGAAACUGGUUCUGGGAGGUGAACGAGGGCUCGCAGUUCACGGCCUUCCUGCCGAGGCAAGACGGCACCGAUGCUGGCGUGUCCGCCUUCCUCACCUUCUGGUCCUACGUCAUCAUCCUCAACACAGUGGUGCCCAUCUCUCUCUACGUCAGCGUGGAGAUCAUACGGCUGGGGAACAGCUUCUACAUCGACUGGGACAGGGCGAUGUACUACGCUCGCAGCGACACGCCCGCCGAGGCUCGGACCACCACCCUGAACGAGGAGCUGGGCCAAAUCAAGUACGUCUUCAGCGACAAAACGGGGACGCUCACUCAGAACAUCAUGACGUUCAACAAGUGCACCAUCAACGGCAAAUCGUACGGAGAUGUGUACGACUACACCGGCCAAAGACUUGACAUUACUGAGAAGACGGAGACGGUGGACUUCUCCUUCAACCCGCUGUUCGACCCCCGCUUCGUGUUCCACGACCACGCGCUGGUGGAGGCGGUGAAGCUGGAGAAGCCCGAGGUCCACGCCUUCUUCAGGCUGCUGGCGCUCUGCCACACCGUCAUGGCCGAGGAGAAGAACGAAGGCGAGCUGCUGUACCAGGCCCAGUCUCCGGACGAGGGAGCGCUGGUGACGGCCGCCAGGAACUUUGGGUUCGUGUUCCGCUCGCGCACGCCGGACAGCGUCACCAUCGUGGAGAUGGGCCGGCAGCGCAGCUACGACCUGCUGGCCAUCCUGGACUUCAACAACGUCCGCAAGAGGAUGUCCGUCGUAGUUCGGAGUCCAGAGGGGAAACUCUCCCUCUACUGUAAAGGUGCAGACACAAUCAUCUACGAGAGGCUGCAUCAGUCCUGCAGCAAACUGAUGGACGUCACUACAGAGCACCUUAACGAGUUUGCGGGGGAGGGUCUGCGGACGCUGGCGCUGGCCUACAAGGAUCUGGACGAGGACUACUUCCACCAGUGGAAGCGGCGGCACCACGAGGCCAGCACCGCUCUGGAGGACCGCGAGGGACGACUGGACCAGCUGUACGAGGAGGUGGAGAAGGACCUGCUGCUGCUCGGGGCGACGGCCAUCGAGGACAAGCUACAAGACGGAGUUCCUCAGACCAUCGAGCAGCUGUCCAAAGCCGACAUCAAGAUCUGGGUCCUGACCGGCGACAAGCAAGAAACUGCAGAGAACAUCGGCUACUCGUGCAACCUGCUGCGAGAGGAGAUGAACGAGAUCUUCACCGUGUCAGGGAACUCCCCCGACGCCGUCCGGGAGGAACUGAGAAACGCCCGGAACGCCAUGAAACCAGAUGCCGUGGAUUCGGUGUUUCCGUCGGAAAGGAGUCUGGUGAAAGGGCCGAAAGUGUUGAUGGACGAGGAGGUGAACGGAGAGCACGGCCUGGUUAUCAACGGCCACAGCCUGGCCUACGCCCUGGAGCACGGCAUGGAGCUGGAGUUCCUGAGGACGGCGUGCAUGUGCAAGGCGGUGAUCUGCUGCAGGGUCACCCCGCUGCAGAAGGCCCAGGUGGUGGAGCUGGUGAAGAAGUACAAGCGGGCGGUGACGCUGGCCAUCGGGGACGGAGCCAACGACGUGAGCAUGAUCAAAGCGGCGCACAUCGGCGUGGGCAUCUCCGGCCAGGAGGGCAUGCAGGCCGUGCUGUCCAGCGACUACUCCUUCGCCCAGUUCCGCUUCCUGCAGCGCCUCCUGCUGGUGCACGGCCGCUGGUCCUACCUGCGCAUGUGCAAGUUCCUGCGCUACUUCUUCUACAAGAACUUCACCUUCACCUUCGUCCACUUCUGGUACGGCUUCUUCUGCGGCUUCUCUGCACAGACGGUGUACGACGAGUGGUUCAUAACACUUUACAAUCUGAUGUACACGGCGCUGCCUGUGCUGGGGAUGGGUCUGUUCGAUCAGGACGUGAACGACGCGUGGAGCUUCCAGCACCCGCGGCUCUACGUCCCCGGUCAGCUCAACCUCUACUUCAGUAAGAGGGCCUUCUUCAAGUGCGCCCUGCACAGCUGCUACAGCUCGCUGGUGCUCUUCUUCAUCCCGUACGCCGCCGUGCAGGACACCGUGCGCGACGACGGCAGGGACGUCGCCGACUACCAGUCCUUCGCCCUCCUGACCCAGACGUGUCUGCUGUUCGCCGUCUGCAUCCAGCUGGGGCUGGAGAUGUCGUACUGGACGGCGGUCAACACCAUCUUCGUCCUGGGCAGCCUGACCGUGUACUUCGCCGUCACCUUCACCAUGUACAGUAACGGCAUGUUUCUCGUGCUGCCGUCGGCCUUUCCGUUCAUUGGAACGGGCCGGAACUCCCUGAACCAGCCGAACAUCUGGCUGACGAUCCUCCUCACCUCCACUCUGUGCGUCCUCCCCGUGGUCACCUACCGCUUCCUGUUGAUUCAGCUCUGCCCCACCAUCAAUGACAAGGUGAUGUUCAAGGUGCGGCAGACCAAAGCGUCGCCGCCGCCGCCCACCCGCCGCGCGCGCAUCCGCCGCACCAGCUCCCGCCGCUCGGGCUACGCCUUCUCGCACGCGCAGGGCUACGGCGACCUGGUGACCUCCGGCUGGUUCCUGCGGCGCCCCGCCGCGCCGCGGCCCCUGGGCCCGGCCCACGCGGGCCGCGCCACCACGGGCUUCAGUCCGAUGGGCCGCUCGGCCGGCUACAGCCCGACGGGGCGCCCGCAGAACGCCAAGGCGCCGGGCGUGGAGGUGACGUCGCUCCAGAUGUACAGGACUAUCAGCGACGCCGCCCUCUGACGAGGCGAGGCGAGAACAUUUGUUACCACUAGGUCCACGUCAGAGGCUUUCACCUCCGAGACGCGAAACAAGCUUUUUUUAUUUUGUGAAAUAACGUGCUCGCUUUUUUAUUUUGCAUAAGGGAACUCGCAGAAGACGCGUAGCCACUUCUGAUGUUCGUAAGGACCGACUUUGCUAUUGGGUCACGCAGGUGAGAGACUGACCGACGAGAUGUUCCCGACACUAGGACACAAGUCACAGGAAGUGUCGUCAUGUUUACAGACCUCAACUGUUGGAGUCCACAAGCCCAGCGGGGGGGGGGGGGGGGGGGGGGGGGGGGGGGGUACCGUAGGUGUCCUUCUAUUUUAUUUUCCUAUCUCGCAGAUAAACCACAUUUUUGUUAUGAAAAGGGCCGAAAGAAAGUUCCCCACCGGCGCAGUUGGUGGAGACGGCUCAGCCUCGCGGGACCGUGCAUCUCCUGAAGGACAUUGCAGACUUUUUAUUCGAACGCUCUAACUACACAUACACACACAUACACACACAUACACACACAUACACAUACACAUACACACACAUACACAGGACAAAACUGGACCGGCUGACCCUUUAAUCCACUCAUGUUUGGAUUCAUACGUGUCCUUGAACUGCUCAUUCGUUUGUUUGGUACAUUAACACCUGCAGUGAGUGGCGCCCCCUUGUGAUCAUAUCACAUUUCGCACAUCGCGGCGCAGUUUGGUUACACUGCUCACACACACACGCGCACACACGCGCACACACACACACGGAUCACGUUGUGUUGCUGGCGACCAGCAGAUAAAUAUGCAAAUCCUUGGUCGUUUGGUCGAGCCGUACUGUACAUGGCUCAUGAAUUGGGUCCAUAGUAUUAAACGUUUCAAAGUGAGCAAGAUGAAAAUGAUCUGAUGUUGCAGAUUUGCUGAAACUAUAUAGCCCCUAAAUAACAUUCCAGUGGUACUUUCUAAAAAAAAUGAAAAUGUAGCCAUAAAAAUAUCUUUAUGCGUAAUAUAAACAUCAAUAAUAUUCAAGAAAAAUGUAUUGCUGUCAUUACAAAUGUGUCCCUGUCCCCUGAAGACUGAAACUGUCACGCAAGGAACGCAAACUAUUUUUCAAUCAUGACAGACAAAAAACGUGGAAUGAUUUUUGAACUGCUUCUUCCCUGAUAAUAAUUUUUUUUUGUAUUAUUUUGUACUUUAAAAAGUUUUUACUGCAAUAAAGAAAUGAACAUGA